GUCGGCGUAUCUGUUGAACUAGGGGAACACCACCGUUUGAAUUGCUUUUGCCGUCAUGGUGGUGUUUCCGAGUUCGCUAACGGAGGAAGAGGAGGCACUGCAAAAGAAAUAUGCGAAACUCAAGAAAAAGAAAAAGGCGCUGCUUGCCUUGAAGAAGCAGAGUUCAACCAAUCAGACAAACCAGAGUGGCCUGAAACGGACUUUGUCAGACCAGCCUGUCAUUGACACCGCAACAGCAACAGAGCAAGCAAAGAUGCUGAUCAAGUCAGGCGCCAUCAGUGCCAUCAAAUCAGAGAACAAGAACUCGGGCUUUAAACGCUCUCGAAUGCUGGAAAUAAAACUGAAGGACCCAGAGAAAGGCCCAGUUCCUGCUUUCUUACCAUUCCAGAGGAGUGUGUCUACAGAUGAAGAACAACCUGAGUCUGGGAAGAGAGCCCACAGGAAAUCUCUGUAUGAGAGCUUUGUCAGCUCAAGUGACCGCUACCGGGACGAGGACGAUGGAGGUGCCGUGUCAUCCAGCCGCGAAAUGGACAGAGACAGAGAGCGAGACCGCGACCGAGAGAUGGAUAGAGAGCGGGACAGAGACAGAGAAAGAGACCGGGACAGGGAUAGAGACAGAGACAGAGGCAGGGAAAGAGACAGAGAACGGGACAGAGAGCGAGACAGAGAUCGAAGCAGAGAGAGGGAUCGAGACCGCGACAGGGAACGGGACAGAGACAGAGAUGGACCGUUCAGACGGUCAGAUUCAUACCCAGAGCGGCGAGGGGUGCGAAAAGGGAAUACGGUGUAUGUUUACGGCUCCGGACUCGUUGAGGACAGCCUUCGCUCGGCGUUCUCUCAACAUGGAAACAUCAUCGACCUCUCCAUGGACAACCCACGCAAUUGUGCAUUUAUCACAUUUGAGAAGAUGGAGUCUGCAGACCAGGCAGUGGCGGAGUUGAAUGGAAGCACGGUGGGAGACGUUCACAUCAAAGUCAGCAUCGCCAGGAAGCAGCCCAUGCUGGAUGCUGCCACCGGCAAAUCUGUGUGGGCUUCACUGGCUGUGCAGAACAGCACUAAAGGCUCCUACAGGGACAAGAGGAACCAAGUGGUGUACAGUGAAGAUUUCUUGUGAUUGGGGAAAAAAAAAAGUUUAUUUUUUCAUGUAGCUUUUCAUGCUUUUGCUUUAAUGAUAACAUGUUCAUGGGCUGCUUUAAGUGUCUGUUUGCAGGAUAAAUAGUAAAUUAGUUAUCUUCUGGAUUAGAUCACUGUAGUUCACAUUGCUAUGUGAUGCUGUGUGUGGCAGCUUUUCUCAUUAACUAGAGAUACUGUUUUGUGGAGCACAAUAAACAGUAUCCAUACAUUGUUA